CAAUGGUUACCGGGCGGGUGUACUUCCUUAUAUGGCCAAUACGGGGAUGUGCCUCUGGACAGAGCAUUGCCGGAGUACAGGAUCUAGACAGAGCUAGACACACUAGACACAAACGAGCCAUUAUUAAAAAGCAUUUAAUUUCCGCAAAUCGUAACAUCCAUCCUACAUCAUUCGAAUAAGGACACCAAGAGAGUUCAAGCUUUCCUUGUUAGAUCUUAUAACAGGUCGACACAACACGUGGUGCACCGUCCUUGUCUAACGCGCAAUCUUAAAGAAGUAAUAGUGGCUUCCAUAUUUUGGCCAACUUAAUCAAACGAGGCCUGGAAAGAUUCAAAAUGUUUACUGCAAAUAAUAAAAAAAACGUUACCAGUGGCAAACCGUCGAACCACAACAGAAACCUCAACACAAAAUCCAAUUAGUCGCUGGCCAAUACCUUCGUAUGUACCUGUUUUUAUAAUACUCACUUGGGGUCUUACACUGAGUCGGCUGGGCAUUUGGUCCAUUAUUCUCACUUGUUUUGGUCCCAUAUAGGAACAAAAGGAGUACUCAUUCCAUCUUAAAACAAUUGUUUUCCAUGAGGAAUCCUCUAAAUCAAACAUAUGUACCAUGGGGAUAGUAAAAAAUUAUCCUUCCUUGCGUAUAUACAUGUGCAACUCGUAAGACCUUGCAAUUCUUCCGAGCGUGUUCUGGAUUACUGUUUUUCCACAAAAUGGAAAGGAUAGAAUACAUCCAUUACUACUUGAGUUACCCUAUCUAAGGAUCAAACCAAAGACACAAGGCCAACAACGUAAAAAAUGAUACCCUAUUAAAGGCUCGAGAUCCUCAAAAAUCAUACCCUAUCAGGCGGUACUUACCUAUCUAGCCCAUCCAUAUAUGGGAUUAUCCUCCCCCCUCCCCCGAAGACUUCAAGUGUCACGUGGCAAGCAAACAUGGAUUUGGACGGCGGAUGCCAGGUUAGUCAUGAAUUUUCUGUUGUUAAAUGUUGCUUUUGUUAUUUAAAUAUUUUUGAAUUUAAACAUGAUUCACAUGUUUGAUGAUAUGUCACAGGGAGUUUCAUGUCUUUCAUAAAGAGUUUCUAGUUGGUCACGUGAUUAAUCAAGGUAGAGAAAUUUAUAGCGGAAGACAUGCAUGUUUAACCAAAGAAAAUGUUACGUAGAUGUUACGUGCUAGCAGACGUCAUAUUCAUCUUUGUUUAUGAAGUACCAUGCAUAUUUUGGCAUUAUAUUAAUGUUGACGAAGUAAGUUGAAUCACUCUCAAAACAUUAUUACAAAGUGCGUUGGAAUUAUUACAAAUUGCGACAGCCUAGUUUAUUACAAAGUGCGAUGGACUGUUAUUACAAAUUGCGACACCUUUUUUAUUACAAAGUGCGACGCGCGGUUUAUUACAAAUUGCGACAGGUAUUACAAAGUGCGAUGAUUAUUACAAAUUGCGACAGUACAGCAUCCAUGGAUAGCUGUUUCGCUCUUCUGAGGGCUCAUCAGCAUAGCAUAGCCGUCGGACCUCUGAACGGACAAAGUCCCUGUCGUAUCAAAGGUCCCUUUCGAGUUUUGGAGCCUCGAUAUUCCCUGUCUCAAAGCAACCAAUUAGAUUUCUGCAUUAGUAUAACAUCAGUAUACUAAUCCGGGAAGCUUGCAUCCAUGAUAGCUGAGUGGCCCGGGCGAACCAGCAAGGGAAAGUUCUAUCCAUUUUACCAUAGUUCGGGUUCAAUAUUUGCUCUCUCGAAAAUCGACUUGUGGAAGUUUGGAAGGUUGGGCUCAGCCUUGAGUUUGACAGUAUUGCUCACAGUCAGGUUCUUCAGUUUUAUUAAAUCCUUCCCCAAAAAAAUCGACAUUUCUAAAUUCCAUUUCGAUCACUGGGAUCAAAGACUAGGCUCGAUUACCAGCCGCUGUUCGGGAAAAUGAGCCCGGGAGACGGCGGAAAUCGAGCCUAAUCUGCAAAGGCCACCUCUCUGGCGAAAUAAACAAUCACUUAGAGUGAGUGACAGUUGAAUACAUUUUGGAGACAUAUUUAGUCUUAUCUCAAUCCAAAUUUCAGUGAAUACCGGUUUACAAUUGACUAAGAGCUUAGAGGCAUAACCAAAUCAUUCACUACCUCGAUCCGCAUUAGAGAAAGGAACCCAUGAAUACAUAGCAUAGUUACAUACUAUGUAUCCAAAGUUUCAUACGGAUAAUGCGUGGUCACUUUCUUUGGAAAGACCAAACUUCUCCUCUGUAACUUAUCUUGUUGCCAAUUUCAGCAUCCACUCGCCAGUAGUAUGUAGUACCCGACUGGAGAUUUUCUGUCAGGUAAUACACAUUGUCAUCGUCGCGGCCUUCGCUUGAUGCUCGGGUGACUUUGAUGUCGCUUUGGAAACAUUCGCUUUUUUUGUACCGAAGUACACAUGCUGAGUGGAUAUGCCAUAGGCAUUCAGCCAAAUGACAGCAUCCCUAUCGGUCUAAUAAAGAAAGAGCAGAACAAAUCCAUAUCAGACGCCAGCGUUCAACCUUAAAUAAAGAUGGGGGUUAUGAACUUCCCGCGAUUAUUAAUCACUUGCUGUCACGUGACAACACUGAGCGUUCAUUGAUGUAAGACUGUGGUAUACAUCUUAAAGUAUACAAUCGAAAGCUACAAUGCUAAAAAAACCUCUGUUAGCCCUUUUAAAUUCAAGUCCUUUUACUGACUGAAAUGACAGAGUUCCUUACCCUGUCACCGUGAAAUCCCCACCCUUUUUUUGCACCUUAAGGCUGAAAAAAGUACCCCUUUCGCGCGGAGCCUCCCCGUAUAAACCAUUAUAUGAAGUACUCGCUCCUUUCACCCCGGGGGCGUAAGCAGGAAACAUUUCGGCUGGGAGCAGUCAUCGCCCAGUAAUGCAGUCACAACUUCUUUUCACCGCAUUUACAGUAUGGGAAAAUCAACCUUGUUUUACAGAGGUUCAAGGGGAACAUAUUAUUGUUUACCAGGUAACAACACUGUUAUUUCGCGGCAGCUUUUACAGCGUUUACCCUUUUAGUCUUUCAUUAUCUUAAUAAUAAUAUUUAUUCAUUUUUAUCUAAUCACCAUCAACAUUAUGACCAUCAGUAGAGCUGAAACGGGCCGAAUGUAUCAGGCCCUAGAAUUUUCAGGUUUGCCAACCCUCUUUAAAAGGAGAGAAGAGAUUUCAUCAAAGCUCUUCAAUGAAGUCGUGGAUGACCCCGGGCACACUCUUCACAAACUCCUUCCUUCCAAGAAUCCAGCAAAUUACUUUCUAAGGAGGAAUCGGAACUUUGCCUUACCUUUGUGCAAGACCAAUCGAUGCAAAAAAUCUUUCAUUUUUAGUCACGUUUUCUGCGCUUAGUAGUGUUUAAUUAGUUAGUUAUAGUAGCAAUUUUAUACUUUUUACCUUUUUAUUGUUAUAUUUUAUAUACUUUUUUUUAUUGUAAUGUCUUUAUUGUAAUGUCCUUUUAUUGUAAUGUCUUUCGUAAUUCAGCCUAUGGCUGCAAGGUAUUAAGACAAUAAAGCAUCUAUCUAUCUAUCUAUCUAUCUAUCUGUAUAGCUUUUCUAAAUAAAGGUUUCAGCUAGUAAGACAAAGAAAACAUGUCACGUGCGGUCAAAAAUAUUUCACUUUUGAAAAGAAUUAUGUGCAAGAAUACGGUUGACUUUUUCUUCUUUUUACAUUUUUAAUUUAUGGCUUUGUUUUUGCAUUUAUUUUACUGUGGGUUGAUUUUAAUUUAAGGUGCUAAUAAGCUUGCUAAGUUCGAGGAACGUACAUACCUAAAAGGUAAGGCAAACAACGACAUUUCGCAUUAUCGGGUAACUUCGAUGCGGCCGGUCACGUGUGCGUCACUGGACGAAAAACUGGAAUUGUACCAAUUUUGCUUAAAUAUAUCACAAAAUAGUACCAGCUGAGGAGCAAAUGGGAGCAAAAAUGGUUAAUGCCACAUUUGACACCUAAUUUACAACCCCGUGUAAAACUGGUAUACAAAUGUGGCAUCAAAAAUGUACCAUCUUUGCCAAUAAGUUUGCAUUUUUUUUUUCGGCGUAUUUGCCUUGAGCAAAUUUGUAGCAAAUCUACUUUUUUUUCGUCCAGCGUGCGGUUUUUCAUUUUCUCCACGAGGCAAAUCACAAUGACCUUUUUUGGUUGUUGUUUUACGUCAAGGAUACAAAACGAAAAAUCUUCUUGGCAUUAUACAUGUACCAAUAUUCUAAACUAACACCCCUUGUAAGCCAGGCAUUUGGAUGAAUUUCAAGCCACAAGAGUUUACUCUAGUGAUAUUUAAUGGCAAGCCAAAUGUGCAGUAGUGUCAGGUUGUUCAGUCGCUUCCAGCUGUAAUGAUUAGAGAGUGGCCAUUGACUGAAAGGGAUGAUCAGAACAAACAAUAUUCGAAAUAUCAAGAUCUUUGCGAUUAUUUUAGACGUUCUCUUCUCAGGUUUCGGAGGUAUAUUUAAGAAGAAAGUGUUCCAAAAACAACAAAAAGAAUACAUCUUUUUUUUAUCUAACACCAUCGCGUGUAAUUUUUACGCGUCAAUAAAAUACAUGUUGCUGAGGCAAUGUAUGAAGGUGACUGCCGGUAAAAAAGAUAAAAGUUGGGCUAAUCGUGUGCUUCAUCUUUUCUGCUUUUUAGGUUUAAUGUUUGAUCAUGUUGCAGGAAGCAAUGCUGGUAGGUAUAAGUAUUCAUGGAAAUUUGACCAGUAGAACGUUUCGAACAGAGACUGUGCAAUAUUAUUCGUUCGGUUCUUCUAUGCUUUUAACGAACCACCAAGACGACUGCUUGUAAAGAUCUCUUGCCUUGAGCUCGUGAUUUCUAAGAUGCUCUCGUGUUCUCCACGAAUUGAAAGUGCGGUCUAUUGCUCAAAAUUAUUCCUCAGUAAUGCAUCGUACAUCCUUACUGCGCUAAAUCUCAAGCGUAAUUCGCGUGCGCUCAUUAAAAGAUGGCGGGUUUUACCUUAAGACCGGAGCUCCCCAGAGAGUUUUAAAAAUUCUAAUUUUCUCUUAAACGAGUAUGGUGAUCUAUUUUUUUCUCUUUCUAUUCAAAUGAGCAAUAACUUAAUUUUUCUAAAGACAGAAAACGGUCAAUUACCGUUGGAAAUUUGUGUAACUGACAUGUACUCCUGAAAUCAUAUUGAUAUUUUGAGGAAUUAUUGGGUUAUACACGUACAACUUGCUCCUGCUCCUAAACAAGCAUGAAUACCACCUGAUUUUAGUUCAAAAUUUAGGUUUCUCUUACUGAAUAACCAAUUGGUAAAGUUUGAUAAAAAUCUCGGUACCGGUUCUUUUUCAGCCUGCGAACGGCAGACGUUUCUCCUCGCCCAUCGCCUCUGAGGGACGUCUGCCGUUCGCAGGCUAGUUCUUUUUCGGAUGAAUGACCUUAAAUAAUUAUCGAAGAUUAUUUGCCGUUAAUACUUACUUUAAAAAAACUCGCUUAUUAAAAAGCCUGGAAAAAGACAGUAAUUGACAAAAGUAACUUGUGUAUUGCCGAGUUCCUGUUUAUUUUUCAGACAUCCGUUUGGUCAAUGAUGGAUAUUCCUUAUCGCAUGCGCAAGGUCGAGUAGAAGUGUUUUACAAUGGAAUUUGGGGAACAGUGUGUGAUGAUUACUGGGACCUUAAUGACGCCAAAGUAGUUUGUCGCCAACUUGGAUUUGGAAGAGCUACGAGAGCAUAUAAAUCCGCUACUUUUGGACCCGGAAAUGGAAAAAUAUGGAUGGAUGGCGUAAGGUGCACUGGCAGUGAGAGAUCAUUAACAGAGUGUCCUCAUAACGGUUGGGGAAUACAAAACUGUGGUCAUAGUGAAGACGCAGGUGUCCAGUGCUCAAGUAAUAAAGACUUAAUUUUUUUCAUAAUUUAAAACAUACUUAAUUUAAUAAAGGUUGCUUUGGCAAUAGCCCACGUUCGAUAUACAGUGGAACCUCGAUAUAACCAACCUCUAUAUAACGAAAACCUCGAUAUAACGAACCUCUAUAUAACGAAAACCUCGAUAUAACCAACCUCUACAUAACGAAAACCUCGGUAUAACGAACCUCUAUAUAACGAGACCUCGAUAUAACGAACUUCUAUAUAACGAAAACCUCGGUAUAACGAACGUUUUUCUUUACCCCAGGAAAAGUAAAGAAGUUUGGCUGUUGGAUGUUUAAUUAACGUGUAUUUUGAGAACUGUUUAUAGAUAUUGUCGCGGAUUUCUGCCCUUUUUAAACAUGAAUUGUACAUGUUUGAACUGUCAAACACAACUGAAAAUUUGAACUCUUAACUACCGUAGAACUUCCCCUGAGCGUAUUACUAGUGGUCGCUUACGGGAGGUUAAAUCGCCUUCGAUAGACUGGGAUUCCUACCUGGGACAAGCCUGCUUGGAAAUUACCAAAAAAAAUAAUAUCGUCAAUGCCAAUUAUGGUUCUGCGUUGUCGUAUCACCCAAUUUGCAUCCCUAAAAAAUCAUGUGCUCAGUGGUCGAUCGCUUAAAAAAUCAUUAAUAUAGUAAUCCAAAAUAGGGGUAGCGGCAACUACAAGAAGUUGUGCUGGGGGUCAUGCCCUUUAGGUUGGAUUAAACAUAGUCAUCUUGCGAGGAGUGAAUGUCAUUGUAACGUUUAAUUUGUACGUCUUAACUACUUUGCUAAUCUCUUCGACGUUCGCUUGGUCAAUGGUAAAGAUUCCAUUCUGAAGGGCCCGGUGGAAGUGUUUUACAAUGGAACUUGGGGAACAGUGUGUGAUGACUCGUGGGACAUCACAGACGCUAACGUAGUUUGCAGAGAGCUUGGAUUUGAACGAGCUGUAAAAGCAUACGUGUCUGCGUUAUUUGAACAAGGAACUGGUACAAUAUGGAUGGAUUACGUAAGGUGUACUGGCAAAGAAAGAUCAUUGGCAGAGUGUCGUCACAACGUGUCUGAAAAACCAAACUGUGAUGAUCAUAGUGAAAAUGCGUGUGUAGUUUGCGCCUCAGGUAAAAACAGUGUUUUCCAAAUGAACUUUACGAAGUUAAACUAAAAAUCAACCCACAUGAUGGCAGGGAAUAACAAUAACGACCCAUAGAAAGCAACAGUAAGACUGCAUUUUAAGUGUAAAGAAUUCUUAAAGCCCUGUUACAUCAGGGGUACACUCCCUUAUUUGGCGAUUUCUGAACCCGUGCGCCGUGGAAUUCCAAAAACGUUUGAUCCAAACCUUGUGGCGAGUAGAAACUUGUGCAAAAUAAUUGUUGUCGCUGUAGAUUGCAUGAAGCCCACCUUUUCGCUUGAAAUCUGUUCAGUUUUCAUUCCAGCCCCAGCCAGCGCGUCAUUACGCCCUCGUAUAUCGCGACUCAAAUACGCUCGCGUGCAUGGGACACGCGUGGGGUAACUUUGAAAAGAAAAUAAAUAGCCAAACAAGUGUAUGUGUUGAAGUUAAUUUUUUGUCUCAGGUAAUUUUUAUUUUUCUUUCGUUUCAACUUCAUUAGCAUACAAUACCAAAAACAAAAGAAAAAAAAAGCGAUAAAAAAUUAACUACAACAUAUAUUUAAAAAGGAAAAAAAAAAGAUCCGCCGCGGGAAACUGUUGUUGUUUUCCGAUUAUUUUGUCGCAAUUUUUUACGUGACCUUCAUGUCUAACACGCGCAUCCGGUCCAUCCUCAUUCCUUGAGGAGGCCAUGAACUCCAAAAGGAACCUUAAAUUUUUAAAGACAAACCUGAAACUGUGAAUGAUAUCAAAUAUUUUAGACGUCCGCUUGCAAGAUGGUAGUGGCGUUACCCAUCACCAGGGUCGCGUGGAAGUUUAUUACAAUGGAGCCUGGGGAACAGUGUGUGAUAACGGCUGGGACCUUGCAGACGCUUCGGUAGUUUGUCGCCAACUGGGAUUUGAACGCGCUUUAAAAGCAACUAAGUCAGCGGCCUUCGGAGAAGGAGCAGGAAAAAUAUGGAUGAGUAACGUGCGGUGUACAGGAAUGGAGAGUUCACUAAAAGAGUGCAGCCACAAUGGUUGGGGAAGACACUUUCAUUGUGGCCAUGGUAAAGAUGCUGGUGUUGUGUGCAGUUACGCAGGUUCGUUUUACAUCAUAGUUUUACCCAUUCGCCCCUGA